AGGUGGGGGCGGGGAUGGGGACGCAGCGCGGAGCGCCGGGGAGACGCGGCGGCGCUGGCGGAGGCGGCGGGCGGCUGCUGACUCGGGCUGCGCGCGGCGGGCGCCGGGGCCGCGAAGCCGAGGGGGGGGCCCGGCCAGGGCUGAGCGCGGGGCGCCCCGGAGCACCCGGUCCGAGCGCGAUCGCACAGCCUGCCCGGCGCAGCUUCCCCGGGAGACCGGGCACCGCUCACCCCGCGCUGGCCGAAGAGGCGGCGGUAGCCGCAGCCGGGGAAGAUGUCGGGCCAAACGCUCACCGACCGGAUCGCCGCCGCUCAGUACAGCGUGACGGGCUCGGCUGUCGCCAGGGCGGUGUGCAAGGCGACCACGCACGAGGUGAUGGGUCCCAAGAAGAAGCACCUGGACUAUUUGAUCCAGGCCACCAAUGAGACCAAUGUCAACAUUCCCCAGAUGGCCGACACUCUCUUUGAGCGGGCGACAAACAGCAGCUGGGUAGUUGUGUUUAAAGCUUUAGUGACCACCCAUCAUCUCAUGGUGCACGGAAAUGAGAGAUUUAUUCAGUAUCUGGCCUCUAGAAAUACGCUAUUCAAUCUCAGCAAUUUUUUGGACAAAAGUGGAUCCCAUGGUUAUGAUAUGUCCACCUUCAUAAGGCGCUAUAGUAGAUACUUGAAUGAAAAGGCUUUCUCUUACCGACAGAUGGCAUUUGAUUUUGCCAGAGUGAAGAAAGGGGCCGACGGUGUGAUGAGGACGAUGGCUCCGGAGAAGCUGCUGAAGAGCAUGCCAAUCCUGCAGGGGCAGAUUGACGCCCUGCUGGAGUUUGACGUGCAUCCAAACGAACUGACAAACGGCGUCAUAAAUGCUGCAUUUAUGCUUCUUUUCAAAGACCUCAUCAAACUUUUUGCUUGCUACAAUGAUGGUGUUAUUAAUUUACUCGAGAAAUUUUUUGAAAUGAAGAAAGGACAAUGUAAAGAUGCCCUAGAAAUUUACAAGCGAUUUCUAACAAGAAUGACUCGCGUGUCUGAAUUUCUGAAGGUGGCAGAGCAAGUGGGUAUUGAUAAAGGUGACAUCCCUGACCUCACUCAGGCUCCCAGCAGUCUCAUGGAGACCCUUGAACAGCAUCUAAAUACAUUAGAAGGAAAGAAACCUGGAAACAAAUCUGGUGCUCCCUCUCCAUUAAGUAAGUCUUCUCCAGCGACAACUGUCACGUCUCCUAACUCUACACCAGCCAAAACUAUUGACACAUCCCCACCGGUUGAUCUGUUUGCAACUGCUUCUGCGGCCACCCCAAUCAGCACUUCUAAACCAUCCACUGAUCUCCUGGACCUCCAGCCGGAUUUCUCUUCCGGGGGUGCGGCCGCCGCAGCACCUGCACCGCCACCUGCCGGGGGGGCCACUGCAUGGGGAGACCUUCUGGGAGAGGACUCUCUGGCCGUACUCUCCUCUGCCCCGUCUGAAGCACAGAUUUCAGACCCCUUUGCCCCGGAGCCUGCCCCUCCUACUACAGCUGCUGAAAUCGCACCUGCUGCAGCCUCUGCCUCAACCACCACCACUGUCACUGCUGUCACCACUGUCACUGCUGUCACCGCUGACGUCGAUCUCUUUGGAGAUGCCUUUGCAGCUUCUCCUGGGGAGGGCCCCGCAGCACCCGAGGGGGCCAUGGCUGCAGCUGCCCCCGCCCCGGUGGCAGCGGCCCUGGAUGCUUGUUCAGGAAAUGACCCCUUUGCCCCGUCCGAGGGGAGCGCGGAGGCCGCGCCCGAGCUGGACCUCUUUGCCAUGAAGCCGCCAGAGACCGGCGCUCCCGUAGUGACCCCCACAGCUAGCGCAGCCCCUCCGGUUCCCGCCACCGCUCCUUCUCCUGCUCCCGCUGCUGCGGCCGCCGCUGCGGCCACCACCGCUGCCACCGCCGCCACCGCCACCGCCAGCACCGCCGCCGCCACCGCCACCGCCACCGCCACCGCCACCGCCGCUCCGCCUGCUCUAGAUAUCUUCGGUGAUCUGUUUGAGUCCGCGCCGGAGGUCGCCGCUGCGCCCAAGCCCGAGGCCGCGCCCGGCAUCGACCUGUUCGGGACAGAUGCUUUCUCGUCGCCACCACCGCCACCGCCGCCAGGCGCCUCUCCCGGGCCCGAGCGCGCGCUCACCGCGGACCUGCUAUCCGUGGACGCCUUUGCAGCCCCGGCUCCUGCACCUGCGGCCUCUCCCGCGCAGGCCGACUCUUCGGGGGUGAUAGACCUUUUUGGGGAUGCGUUUGGGAGUGGUGCUCCUGAGCCCCAACCUACACCUCAGGCUGCUUCUAGCUCGUCAGCGUCGGCAGACCUCCUAACUGGAUUUGGGGGUUCUUUCAUGGCCCCUGCUCCAUCCCCAGUGACUCCAGCUCAGAAUAACCUGCUACAGCCCAAUUUUGAGGCAGCUUUUGGAGCAACACCUUCAACUUCCAGCAGCAGCUCCUUUGACCCGUCAGUGUUUGAUGGUCUAGGUGAUCUUUUGAUGCCAACCAUGGCACCAGCCGGGCAGCCUGCACCUGUCUCCAUGGUACCACCCAGUCCCGCCAUGGCAGCCAGCAAAGCCCUUGGGAGCGACCUUGACUCAUCCCUUGCCAGCUUAGUAGGCAAUCUUGGAAUUUCUGGUACCACAUCAAAAAAGGGAGAUCUUCAAUGGAAUGCUGGAGAGAAGAAGUUGACUGGGGGAGCCAACUGGCAGCCGAAAGUCGCUCCUGCGACCUGGUCGGCAGGUGUCCCCCCAAGUACACCGCUGCAAGGAGCUGUCCCUCCAGCCAGCUCGGUUCCUCCUGUUACCGGGGCCCCUGCAGUUGGACAGCCUGGACCAGGGUUUGGAAUGCCUCCUGCCGGGACGGCCAUGCCCAUGAUGCCCCAGCAGCCCGUCAUGUUCGCACAGCCCAUGAUGAGGCCGCCCUUCGGAGCUGCCGCUGGACCUGGCACACAGCAUUCUCCAAGCCCUACACCUGCCACUCAGAGUCCCAAGAAACCUCCAGCCAAGGACCCAUUAGCGGAUCUUAACAUCAAGGAUUUCUUGUAAACAAUUUAAGCUGCAAUUUUUGUGACUCAAUAGGAAUAAAAAAACCACAUGAGUUUGGAGACUUCACAUGAAACUGACGCUCAGAGUUCCAAGUGAACCACCAGUACCAAACCCAAUGCUUACUCAUAACUUCUCUUCUGAAAGGUGUGGCACCGCCGUGGCUGUGGCCGUGGCCAUGGCCGUCAGGAAUGUGCACCACCGUCGCUGUUAUCCCUACUCUCACACUGUAGUGUACUCCGGUUAUUGUGUGUCAUAUGAUGUAACAAUGAAUGGGUGUUUCUGAUGCCUUUAGUGCUUUUCUGAACCUUGCCCGUGGAAGGAAGAUGCAGCUGUCAUGGUGGGCCACUCGGGAAGAUGUCUGUGUUUUUGAAGGUUUCAAUGUAUAUACAACUUUUGGACAAACCCUAAACUCUCCCCAUACAUUCUCUUUUCUUCUGUAUCUCUGUUACAAGCGUAGUGUGAUCAUCUCGAAUAGUAAGGAAAACACUCUUCAAUACACAAAAACCUUUUUCUGUGUGGACUACAUUUUUCCAAUCACAGGAACUUCAACCAUUGUGAGAAAUGUUUAUUUUUGUGGCACUGUAUAUGUUAAGAAAUUUUAUUUUAAAAAAAUAUAAAGGUUAAGCCCAUGAUAAAUACUUCUCCUUGAAGCUACCUUAUCAAGAAUGAAAAAUGGUAUGGGGAGAAUUCCCUAUGUGUCACUGCUAUAUUAAAAUAUAUAUUUUAAUUAUAUUUGACAGAUUUGACAUCUAAAUUGACCUAUUUAUUCAUCCUUGGUGAAAUGCACUGAAAAGUGAAGGGUCUGUUUCUAUCGUGUGCACAAGAAUGCAGAUGGAGAUGUUCACGUGGUGAUGAAGGCACCCCAAGGGGUAUCAGCAGCUUAAAGCUCACUGCAAAUAUUCUCCCUUUGUUGUGGGUUCCAUGUGCAUCUGUUCAUUCAGCACUUCCUCGUGAGUUCUGUAGACUAGCGUUCUUCAUCCCUUGACGGAGCUCAGAGCAGGUUUUGUUGUACCAUUGUGAUUAGGAUUUGAACUGCUUCAGAGAACUGUCUUCUUUGCUGCGCAUAUUAUAUUCUUUCAUUUUUAAUUUGUUGUCACACUGUCCGUGCUGAUGGCUUGGCUUACGAUUUUGAUGCAUAAAUGAGGUCGCUGUGGAUCAGUGUCACCCGUAGCUUGGCAGCUCUUCGUAAAAGCAUAUUGGGUUGGAAAGGUGUUUACCUAUUUUUCAAAUUAUUUAAUAGAUGUAUGGUACCAUUUAAAAGUGAUUGUAUCUGAGUUUACUGUGGGGAUAACGUACACUGUAAUGGGGGAAACUUACCUAAAACCAACUUGGAAAUGGCUUUUCUUUGUGUUUGGUUGACCAGUCAGUGCAUGUGUGCCCUCUGAGAUGCAAUAAACUCCUGGAACAAAGAAAA